CUCGGCAUAAUCCUUAAUAGUGUAUUGACACUACAGUGGAAAUAUAACAUAAAUUGGCGACGAGUUGUGACGUCUGGAAGACUUGGCUGUCUACUGAGCAUGAACUGACUGCGUGGCCGAGUUCGGACGGAAAACGGACGAUCGCGUGGUGAAUUAGCAUCGGAGCUAGCUGCUAGCUGCUUUUCGCCGACGAGUCAAAAACGACAGUGUUGGCUGUGGACAGCGGAUACAUCAUGGCUGGAAUGAUUGGACAGAUGGACCCUUUUGAUGAUGCUGUCAAAAUGAGUGCAAGUGGAGACGGACCACAAAAUAACCAAAACGGCCAACAGGUUAACCCACGAAUGUUGGCAAAUGGAGAUCAGGAACCUGCUAAUGGCUUCCUGAACAGUCUGUAUCGCGCUCUCCAUGAAUAUUGUUGCUAUCUAGAUGAGCUAAUAGCUUCAGUACUGGCACAAUAUGACAAUUACCUUUACGGGGACGAAGACGAUGACGACGAUGACGACGACGACGACGACAACGACGAUGACGACGACAACGACAACGACGAUGACGACAACGAUGACGACAAUGACGGCGGCGACGGCAACGAUGACGAUGACGAUGACGACGACGACGAUGUUCAAAAUAUUCAUGUGAGGGACAAUAAUGCCAAUGGUGACAACGAUGAACAGCACGGGGAUGCUGUGGUUGUGAUCAUUUUCAAUGUUGGUGGCAUUGAAAAUGAGGAGGCAUUUGAAGGCCGCAUGGAUGUUCGCCAGUACAUCCCAGAAGAGGACCCUCAGCCAGGUGUUUCCAGGAAGAGGUCUAGAGAGAGGGAUGAAGAAGAUUUAGGAGCAAACAAAAGAAUGAGAUGGAGCGAUGAUGACUCUGAAGUAUUUGAAGAUGCGCACGAAGAGCUUGAACACGAAACUGGAGGCUCGAGGAAGCGUUCCCGAGAGGAUUUUGAGCAAGAAGAGGAAUACUUGCCUGUGUGCAAACUUCAGAGGUGUUCAAUUGAGUCGACCAGCAGCAAUGAAGACUAAGACUACUUCGACGGGUUUUUUCAGUAUCCUUUCAGUAAUCUGAUGGCCUACUCAGGUGAUCCUGAAUCCUCUAUGCUGCAAUAAGCUGGGCAUACACUGUGCUGCGAUUUUUCAGUCGCGUUAUUCGGCUCCUGAUCAAACUGUAGGAUUGACUCGCAGGGGUGAGAAGUUUGAUCAAGGCCAAACUCGGGACGAUCCCCAAAACGAUCGCACGACUGAAAAAUCGGCUCAAAAUGGGCCAAAAAUCGCACAGUGUAUGCCCAGCAUUAGGCUGCCGGGGGAUUCCCAUGAUGCACUGGGUGUUUCUUCUUCACCCACUAUGUUUAAUAGACCUCUGCACUGAAUGGUACUUGUUAUUAACCUCUGUCUCUGUUCCAUGUCUUUAUACUAUUUUCCUUGCCCCUCCCCAACCGGUCGCAGCAGAUGGCCGCCCCUCCCUGAGCCUGGUUCUGCUGGAGGUUUCUUCCUGUUAAAAGGGAGU